AGAACACGACCUUGGUUCCGAGAGUUCAAUUCUACGCAAUAGAGAUCGCCCGGAACAGGAGUGGCCUGAACGACAGCAUCAGAGAGAAAUUCGGCGCCAAAUCGAAACCCGUGAAAGCUUAAAGCGCCAGACAGCUGCGUCUAACAUCCCUCGUGUGUUCACCAAAACAUUUCGUCAAUGGAGCUCCAGGGCAAGCUUCAGUCUUACGUCACCCGAACUAGCGAAGAGCUCGGAAUCACUCCCAUACGCGCUAUUCGGCUGAUUUAUUCCGCGAAACGACUGUCGGACCGAACGAAGGGAGACUUCAGUGUUUUCAUAACGGGACCCAGGAGCGAUGAGCUUCAAGCGUUUAUUCCAAGGAUGAUCGCGGAUCUCCCGCGGCUGUCAGAAUCGUGGCCGCUCCAAAUUUCUGUGGUGGAGUACAGAGCAGAGUCUCCCUAUGUCGACCUCAUCCUCGAAAGACCAUCAGCCUUCCAUUAUUUGUGUCGAAGAGUCGCGCGGAUCCACCUACGGAUUGAGAAACUCCUCAAAGAUCCACCGGCGAGCGGGAAACGUUUGGUUUUCGUCAGAUCUCCGAGGGAGAACGACUUCGAUGGAAAGAGAUCCCUUCUUCUAGUAAAUUACAUGCGCAGGGUCUGCCAGUUCAACGGAAUCGAGACGACUUUUGAAGAACCCGAAUGGUCAGAUGUAUCUUGUGAUAGCGGUCAAGAAGAAUUCGAGACUAAUUCUUGCUACGAGCAGUCUUGUGAAGGAGUAGAUCUGGCGAAGUUCGUGAAAAUCAGAGGAUUGUCCGAAAAGUUUCAUCCGAGUGUUGGGCUCGUUCUCAAGAACAGCCCAGCCUUCAAAUUCGCUCAAGCUAUCCGGCGACGUAUCCAUCUCGGACCCGGGGAUCUCCUCUGUCACGUCGCUCCACACAGCAAGAGCUCGAAUCAGCAGAAAGUCGGACUACUUCUGAUGGUUCUGGGUUUCGAAGCGAAGCAGAGUUUUCUUUUCCACGGAGGGGCGCAGGGAGGCAAUUCGUCAAUAGAAUCGCACGAACAUCGGAUCGGCUCACAAAUCAGUCAUCAGCUCCGGCAGAAAAGGAUCCACGGAACCGAAGCAGUUGGAGAGGUUUUGAAAGACACAAAAAUCGCAUUCGAUUUCCUGAGCGUCAAGCAGGCGAGUCGAGUAAAGCUUCCCGAUAAUCCACCGGAUUCCGAUCCGGGCAGCUUUGGGGACAGAGGAGGACUAUUCGUCCAAUACACUUGCUCCAGAUUGACCGGCAUCCUCAAGAAAUAUGAUAGAUUGAUAUCCCAGCGCGUUUAUCCUGGCUGCCUGUCCUCUGAUGAGCUCUGCGCGGAAAAUAUGGAUACUACUCAUCUCUCCUCGGAUCAGGAAUGGAGCCUCUGGAGAUCAAUGUUGCGAUUUGUGGACCUUCUCGAGAGCUCCUCAAAUACUUCGCUUCCUCUAUACGACCUCGAUCCGUUCCCUCGGAUAGACGCCGGGGCCCAUACGGCCUGCGAAAGUCUUCUGUUCCUCUGCAAGGAGUUCUCUGCGUUCUAUUCGAGGGUGCGCAUUCUCGUGGAAAGUCAAGCUCAUGUUCUCCGCACGGUUGAGUGCCGCAUUUACUUCGUCGGUAUGCUGCUCAAGUUGAUCAAAGCUGGCUUAUGGCUCAUGGGAUUAGAAGCUGUUGAAUACAUGUAGUCCUUCAAUGAGUCAGGCUGCUCGCGGGCCUCGUGCAUAUAUAUCUCAGUUGUACAAGAAUGGAGGGGCAAUACAGGACUUCGGACUCUCUUCGAAUCCAUAUUA